AUGCCUUCCAAGAAGAAUAAAGGUAAUCCAAAAUCAGAUGAACCUUUAAAGCCACUAAGUCAUUAUGUCAAGGAUAGACUGGAACUGACAAAACAGCUGUUUUCGUGUUUAAAGAAAAAACAAAUAAAAUCAAGACUUCCAGUGAACUUACAGAAAAAGUCAAUUGAGCGAAUCCAGCAGAUAUGCUUAGACGAAAUUCUUGGAAUAUCUACAAAAAGAUUGUUAUCUAUAAUUAACAACACAAUUUGUCCAGAUCACACUGAUUCCGACGAUUCUGACAUCGAACAUAUCUCAUUGUCUGAAAUUUCAUCUGAUUCUGAUAUAGAGGAACACGAAAAGUCACCGGAACCAGCAAAAAAAUCAACUAGUAAUGCCCCUUCAAAGAAAACCGAAAAGGAGAUGACUAUGCUGGAAUUAUUGGAACUACAAGCAAGAGCACGAGCGAUUAGAUCUCAAUUAGCUUUAGAACCAGUCACAAAAAUCGAAUUGGACGAUUCUGACGAAGAUGUUGAGAUUGAACCGGAAUCAACUACAAAUUCGUCGUCUAAUAGUAAGAAUAAAGUAGUUCCAAAACGUGCAGAACCAUCAACAUCAAAUUCAACGAGAUCAGAAACGUCAAAUUCAAAUCAUAAGAAACCUACACAGAAAUCAAAGACUCCGGAAGUAGCUAAAUCAACUGUGAAUGACAAAAAUGAUAAGAGAAGCAAGUCAGACGCUACUAAAACAGACAGCAAAAAGUCUAAUUCAAAAAAAUCACCAGAGCAGAACAAACGAAUUGUAAUUUUGAGAGAAAAAUCACAUGAAAAUGUUCCAAGCACAUCCAAAACGUCUCUAGAACCAGAGAAGAAAAAGUCAUCGCCUGUAAAGUUGAAGAGAAAUUUCCGUGGAACAGAACUUGAAGGAUAUCCAUUAAGUACAGUUGCACCACCCCCAAUUAAGCACAAAACACCACCAAAAGAUGAUGAAAAUGACAGUCGAUCUAGUUCACCAGACGUUGUUGCUAUGGAACAAAACAUUUCAACGUACUUUAUUUCCGAUUCCGAUGAGGAAGAACAAGCACCAGAACCGCCAGCUAAAAAGAAAUCUCCAAGUCCAAAAAUAAUUGUACAAAGUGUGGAAAUAAUUCAGCCUAUCGAAAAUAAUGAAGCAGAAAAUGUACUAGAAGUUGAACAGCCACAACAGGUUAUGGAAACAACAGAAUUAGAGAAUCAAAACAAUUCCGAAAAGCAAUUCGAAGAGGAACAAACAAUAACAACAGAAGAAAUUGAGUCACAGGAAAAAGAAAAAGUUGUGGAAUCACCCGAACACGAUGACGACGAUGUUAUUAAUAUUAUGAGUGAUACAGAAAUAGAUAUGAAUGCUAAUUCCGAUAAAGAAGAAGAAAUACCAAAGCAAAAUCAAGAAAGUAACAAAAAUGUGCAAGAGUCAGCAGUUGAUAGUGACAAGGAAAAGCAGGCAUCACAACAAACAUCAGAUUAUGAUGACGAUGUUGUGGAAAUAAACAAUUCAGACGAUGAAAUGCUCGAUAGCGACAAACCAAGCGAUAGUGACAAGCGAAGUGAUAGCGCAAAAAAUUCUGAAGAAUCUGAGACAUGGCAGCAACGAUAUUUGAGAAGUUCCAAUGUUAAGACUGUCCUACAAACAGCAAGUUUAGCAUCAAAAGUACGCGGCAAAGCUCUUCAGAAUAAAAAAUCACAAAAUGCAGCCAAAAAAGAGAAGCAAAAUGUUACCGAAAAAGGCAAACAACAUGAAGAUGGGUCAAUGGGGCAGUUCCAUGAGUCAAAAGAUUCAAGCAACUCAAAUUUGUAA